AUCCUUUGAGGCUGAUCAAAUGUAAAAAUGACCGCAGAGCAUGACAAGUCCAUCAGCGACCCACCGUGUAGCCCGGCGGGGACUACGAGCUCCAUGUCGCAGGAUGAUUCCGACUCGGAUGCGCCCUCGUCGCCAACUGGAUCAGAUGGAUCACUCCUCGCUGGUAUAGGAAAGAAACUGGACGGCGAGGAUGAUGACCGAUUCCCAGCCUGCAUACGUGACGCGGUGUCGCAGGUUCUCAAGGGAUAUGACUGGUCCCUCGUUCCCAUGCCCGUUCGGGGAAAUGGCUCGCUGAAAAAUAAACCCCAUGUCAAAAGACCGAUGAACGCGUUCAUGGUGUGGGCGCAAGCGGCGCGCAGAAAGCUGGCGGACCAAUACCCUCAUCUGCACAAUGCGGAACUGAGCAAGACUUUGGGGAAGCUAUGGCGCUUACUCUCAGAGAAUGAGAAGCGGCCAUUUGUGGAGGAAGCAGAGAGACUUCGGGUGCAGCACAAA